GGAGGUAGUAUAUGCCUAUACAUAUUACUACAUUAUUUUUAAGAAACUUCUAUAUUUUCCCGUUUUACGAUUCAAUGUUUUGAAGAACCAAGAGCGGUACACUUUCCCGCUCUUUGAAAUUACAAUUCCACUGGACCACCACCGCCCACGGCGUCUUCUCCGGCGUAACCCCGCGGCAGCUCUGCCCUAAUGGGUUCCUCCACCGCCACUGCCACCGUUCUCCUCACAGAACUUCAAUCUUCCACCAAAUUCACCACCAAUACCUACAAAAACUUCUCCAAUUACCUCCACGAAUUUACCACUUUCACCAAAUCGACCGACGUUACUACUAUCCGUUCACUUGCCAAGCAAUUUCUUUCGUUCCUCAAUACAUCCUUAUCACUUUUACCCAAACGCCUAUCGGAAACCCCGAAACUUCCUCCCGAAUCUGCUCCUCAUUUGUUUGAUAUUUACAGGUUAUGCCUUAAUUGCCUUGAGAGUAUCUCUUCGCAGCUGUCCUGUAAACCCUACACCGUUCAAGCACAAAGAGUUCGGUACAUCCAUUGUUUGGAAUCAUGGGAGAAAUACGAGGAAGUGGAAUGUGAAGGAUUCUCUGUACUUAAAGUUCUUCGGGAGAAUGCGGUUGGUAAGGACAAGAAAGAAGUGAAGAAGUCAACACAGCAGUUUUUGCCGCGAUUGGAUUCAGGGAAUGUGGAUCAAGAGUUUGCUCUUUUGGUCGUGGAGAUUGUUGUUACGCUUGUUAAGUGUGCUUCUUUAAUUCAGAAUAAGGCUGUCCACGAAUACGAUGGACUUCUUGAUUUGGUCAAAGAAGUUGCGCCAUGGUUCAAGGUUUUGGAUGCGAAUGCUCAUGGGAAACUGCAUAGAGUACUUGUGACUUAUCUGAACAGAGUAACACUAAUCAUGGUUGGCGACCUGACAAAAUUCAAUGGGGACUUGGUGCGCAAAUUUUGUGUAGAAGCCUUGUGUCAAAUCAAACAAUCAUCCCUAAAGGAUCAACUGUUCAAGUUCGCAAGGAAGAUAUGCUCCUCUCUGUUCUCACAAGAACUUGGUGAAUUCUCUGGGAUUGCUGACACCUUAAAACAUGUGCUGAACACCAUGGCUGCAGAAAUAAAGGUUGAACAGGAGAAUACUAUAAUAGAAAUUCUGGAGCUUGUUUGUUAUUGUGCUCAUAAAUGCCGAAGUGUUACUUCAAAUGUUUGUAGUAUUCUGGCUGCCCAAUUAAAAGAAUUAGCCAUUCACAUGAAAAAACAUUAUGUUGAAUUAACAGGUUCUCAGGAUGAGCUACCCACUGAUUUGAUUCUGGGGCUUUAUGUUACUGGAUUGCUCAUUAAUGAGUCCUGUAUUCACGACUCAAGAGCUCUCUCCCUGGAUCACAAUGACGUGCUGCAAACGUUAAGCAGUUUGCUUAGCUUUUCGAAAUCUUAUUUUGAAAUAAGCAGCAAAGGAAGCAAAUAUCCACAGAAGAGAAUGCUCUAUCUUCUGUCUUACUUUGAUGCAUUGAGGUUCCUGUGCCAGCCACUUGCCGAGUAUGUUAUUUCAGCAAGGAAAGAAAUUCUUAGCGUAACAGAUGCUGGAUCCUUCAAUACUUACCUAGAAAUUAUCCAUGACGUGUUCAAGCAGUACAUUAACGUCUUCCUACACUACAGUGCCGCUGAUAGCAAGCAAGAUCCCUGUGAAGAUAACAACAGGGUGUUACUUCUCGUAGCAGUUGCUGCUUUCACUCUCUCUUUAAGCACAAAACAUGAUAUCAAGGAAGCUGUUAGAUUUCUCAAGUAUCUCAUUUCAAGUGAGCGGGUCCAAGCCAAUGGACUUAAGUAUCUCUUCACCUCUUUUUACAACAUUGCUGUCGUAUUGUACAGAAAUAAGCAAAUGAAAGAGGCUGCUAAAGCUUUGACUCUAUGCUGCAAAGCAUCUUGGAGUCGUGUCUUAUGUCUUUGUGAAUUGUUUAAGCAUGAGUCAGAUAAAUUUCAGAAUGAUCUGACAGAAGAUGAUGUGAUUGGUUUCAUUGACGAGGCGUGUGAGAAAACUGCUUUUCUUUUGGAGGUGCUUCAACAUAGCGGUGAGUGUAAGGUACAAAAGAUCCUCAUUGAUAGCCUUAAAAGCUGGUCUGCUGCACAGCAUUUGUUUAAAAAACUACCAAGUCCCAUAUCUGUAGUGAAACAAUUUGUGAAGAUGGAAUUGAAAGUUAAUGAUGUGGAUACUGAAGAAGGCACCACUACAUUGUAUUCUUUGCUGUCACCUUUUGUAGAAUCAAAACAGGCUCUUGGAAUCAUUUUGGAGCAGGAGCUUAUGGUAUAUAGAGAUUUGAAUGUACGAAAUCCAAGAUUAUGUCAGGAAAUGUGCUUGAAAAUUAUAGGUCUUCUUUUACAAGAAGUAUAUGUCUCCAAGGACAGCUAUUUACAGAGAUGUAGAUCCCUUAUUGUUAAGGGAGAGGUGUUAAGAGCGCGUGGAUUUCAGUAUCUGAAAGAUUGCAUUCAGUGUCUAUCCGAGGCAAUAGCUACAGUAGAAAGUUCUUUAGAACAGAAAAACUAUGGAGAAAAUUUAGCCUGCACUAAUUCAGCUUCUCAUCUGGCAGCCUAUGCAUAUUGUGCACGUGCACUCUGUACCAGUGAGAUUGAACCAAACUCAAAGAGACUUUAUGAAGAUAUACAUGCUGCAGCUAGACUCUGGAUGAGUCUGAACCACUGCCAUGCAUCUGAUCAGUGUAGGAUGUCUGAAACUAUGUUGAAUACAUUGCAUCAGAUUGUUGACUUGUUAUCAUUGAAGGGCUACCUGGAAAUCCAUUCAAACAUAUAUGAGAUGAUGAUACAAAUAUUUAUGAAGAAUAUUCCAUUAGAGAAGUCUGUGUCGUUACUGUGGAGAUAUAGAAGACUUAGUCAUGCACUCUGUACAUCACCUGUGAAUGAAAUGUUCAUCAAAACAUUGUCGAACCAUUGUGGUGAACUUUCCAAGUCUGUUGAAUACUGGAUGAAGUGCAUGAAAGAAUCUCAACCACAAUUAAUUGGGUUUCAGCAGAGCUUCUUUCUAACCCUUAGUCUUUCUUCUAAAGUGUCUCGUAAUUAUCAAAGCUUUCUCCACUGUGACAUUACAGAGGAUAAAGUUAAGCUCACUGCUUCAGAGCUUAUUCACGCUGUUCCGUUAUCCAGCGGUUCAGCCUUUCUUUCUGCUUAUCUUUACUAUGACUUGAGUGAGAGCCUGAUUCUAAAUGGACGACUUAUUGAGGCUCUUGUUUAUGCAAAAGAAGCCCAUUGUUUACGAAGUAAACUUCUUCAAGAUAACUUCCACCAUCAGAUAGAGCAGCAGGGUGAGGUAUAUGGUCUUACAAAAUUCCAGAUACAUGAUUCUGUGGCUGCAAAGGCUUGGUUUCCUGAAAGUGUCUCAUUUGACUUUGACGGUUCUACGCUUACUCCUUGGACUAUCCUCCAAUGUUAUCUGGAAAGCAUUUUACAGGUUGGAACUGUUCAUGAGAUGCUUGGAAAUGGAACUGAGGCUAAGACACUUCUAUUGUGGGGGAAGGACAUCUCUUGUUUCCAGAGUUUGCCACUCUUCAUAAUUUCAUUCUGUUGUAUGUUAGGAAAGCUAUACACUAAACAACAUCUCCUGGAGUUGGCAGAAAAGGAACUCAAUACUGCUAAGCAAAUAUUGGCUGAAAACUAUGAUGCCAUCUCUUGCCUAAAAUGCAGAAUUAUUUUAGAAGUUUCAAUUGAUCUGCUACUAGGAGAUCUAUGGAGGCACCAACAUUGUAAUACUACCUCCACAGUGGAAUUUGUAUAUAGUGUUAAAGAGAAGUAUAAAUCUGCCUUGGAGAAGCUGAAUAACUUUGGCUGGGAGGAUUAUGUUGGUUGUCCUUUAGGAGCAAGUUCCCAGCAUACCAAACACCAGGCUACUUAUUCAUUUGCAAACGGUGCAACAGAGCCUUCAGAUCUGAAGGAGUACUCAUCCCAGAAGGACAAGCUGGGAAGUGCUGUUGAAGGCAGAAGGACUAGGAAGACCAAGAAGGAGUCCGGACAUAAUUUAAGGAUGACGCGGUCGAGAUAUCACUCUAUGAAAAAAUGUGAAAGUUCUGUGGAUGAUGAACAUGCUAAUGAUGCUGAAGACAUGGGCUUCACAGGUAUGUGCUACAAAUUGAAGUGUUGGCACCAUCUUCCUCUUGAGAUUCUCCGAUCUGGGUCUUUGAGUAAUUUCGUAUGCUUGAAAUGGGAGCUUGUUCGCAGACAACUUUCGCUGAGGCUUCUUACUACAAUGGGAAAAUGCUUAGGUCUUUCUGGUGAUAGCCAUGAAUCACAAAAGCUUGUUCUUCAAAGUGUUUCGCUGUUCAGUUCAGAUCCAUCUUGUCCCAAAUUUUCUUCUCUGCCUCUAAUGUCCUUGGUUGAUCAGAUGGGACACGAUAUUUGGGUGGUUGAAUUGGCUGUUGAUCAUUCAGUUAUACUCUACCACAUUUGCUAUUCCGUUUUGAAUAGCUAUACUUGCAAAUCAACCAGGAAAACUAGCUGUAAAGAAUGCCGUAAUUUUUCAUACAUAAAGUUAUCAAAAGUUAUUGGUUGGCUGAAGCUGGCCUUCAUUCUCAGUCGUGAGAUUCCUUUGCUUUCUCAAAAGAUUUCCAGGUUGCUUGCGGCAGUUUAUGUACUUUCUACUUCUGUUAAGUCUUUUAGUAUAGCACCUAGCAAAGCAAUCUCUGAGAACCAAUGGGCGUCGUUUUUUCAUCAAGCUUCAAUUGGUACUCAUCUCAAUCAACACUUCUUUUCUUGCCCAUUGAAGAAGCAGAAAGCUGAACAUGUUGUGGAUUAUGAGGGUUCAUGUUCCUCAAGCCAACAGUUUCUUAGUUCAGAAGAACCUAACAUGCUCAGGUUUACACCUGAGUCAGUCGAAGAUCUUGAAGAUUUUGUUUCGAGAUUCUUUGAGAGCCUGCCUUCUUGUACAAUUGUCUGUCUUAGCUUGCUUGGACGCUCUGUUUCCAGUUUGUUGACUGAAUUGUUGCAUUCUCCAUACCCCAUUCAAUCAUGGGUUUUGUUAUCCCGCAUGAGCUCGACUAGUCAUCCCAUCACUGUAAUUUUGCCCGUGCAUUCUGUCUUAAAUGAAGUUGGAGAUGAUGUCGCUGAAUUCAUUUCCAGUUCUUCAUUUGAAGUCAAAGACAAGCACUGGCGUUGCCCUUGGGUAUACAGCGUGAUUGAUGAUGUGGCACCAGUCUUUAGAGAUAUAUUAGAGAAUAAUUAUUUAUCCUCUUCUGUACACCUAUUAGAAGAUACUGCAGAGAGCAGAUCAUCAUGGUGGAAGUGGAGGAAACAACUUGAUAAGCGCCUUGCUAAUUUCUUACGGAAUCUAGAGGAUUCAUGGUUAGGUCCUUGGAGAUUCUUGCUUUUGGGGGAAUUGUCAGAAUGUGAGCUCCUGGAUUCCUUAGUGAAGAAACUCUAUGAUCAUUUUCGACGUAAAGCUGGAGCAGAUGUUCAUGAAAGUCUUCUUAAAGUAAUUCUUGGAGGUGCAAAGUACGCUUGUGAGAAAGAAAAUUGCAUUUCUCAGAUGGUUAUAAAUAAAGGAUGUCACCUACAUGGAGGGGGUCAUGGAAACUCGCAAGUGUUGUAUAAGACAUCUACAGAAGUUGAAUGUCUCUAUGAUUCAGUAUACAAGUCUAUACUUGAUGAAGCUCAAGGGAUGGAAGAGACUGAAUCCAUAAGUAGAAGACCAGUUAUUCUUGUUUUGGAUCUUGAGGUGCAGAUGCUUCCUUGGGAGAACCUACCGGUAUUAAGAAACCAGCAGGUUUAUCGCAUGCCUUCAGUUAGCAGCAUCAGAGCAACGCUGAUCAAGUCUUGCCAAUAUCAACAGCAAGUUCAGAUGGGGGGAUCUCUUAUGAAAGAAGGGGUUCCAUCACCUUCUAUUCCACUGAUUGAUCCACUGGAUUCCUAUUAUCUUUUGAAUCCAAGUGGAGAUCUUAGUAGCACACAGAGUGAAUUUGAAAACUGGUUCAGAGAUCAGGAUUUUGAGGGGAAGUGUGGAACUGCACCAGCAGUAGAAGAAUUGGCUGAGGCCUUGAAGAGGCAUGAUUUUUUUAUUUACUUUGGCCACGGAAGCGGAACACAAUAUAUCCCCGAGCAUGAGGUGAAGAAACUUGAGAGUUGCGCUGCUACUCUGCUUAUGGGGUGCAGCAGUGGAUCACUGUAUCUGCAUGGAUGUUAUGCUCCUCGAGGUGCUCCACUGUGCUACCUAUUCGCAGGUUCUCCAGUUAUAGUUGCUAAUUUAUGGGAAGUGACAGACAAGGAUAUCGACAGAUUUGGAAAGAGCAUGCUUGAUGCUAUUUUAAGAGAAAGAUCAAAUGUUUCUUUUAGUUGUGACCAAUGUGAUACAAUUUCAGAUCAACUUGAUUCCUUGAAAAUUACAGAUAGAAAAAGAACACAAAGGGUAAAGACAAAGAAAGAUACAACACCUGAUAUGUGUAAUAUGAAUGUAUCUACUAACCACUGUAACCAUAGACCAAAGAUUGGAUCAUUCAUGGGGCAAGCUCGAGGGGCAUGCACUCUCCCUUUUUUGAUUGGAGCAGCCCCAGUUUGUUAUGGUGUCCCCACAGGAAUAAUAAGCAAAAAAGAUUUGUAGUAUUAUAACAUUGUGUAUAUGAUAAUGUUACACUCCCAUUCUUUAUUGCUUGUACUGUCAUGAAUCUUUUAUCAUU